AUGGCCGAAGUAGCCUUUGCCAAGCAAUUCCUGGCGGCGCUGGACCCUCGCCCUGUCAGGAUCUCGCCGGAUCAUGUGCAGGACCCCAGGGAAUAUCCUCCCAGAACCGCCUAUAUCCUGGCCCGCGCACCCCGCCAAAUGUCCAAGCCCAGCUCGACAGCCUCCCGAUCUGCACCUGGCUCCGAGCGAUCAGUGACCGUCACACUCAAGUCGCUUCGCAACCCACCUCUCGACAUCAAGCUUACUUCGCAGCCGCUCAACACAUCGGUGCUGGAUCUGAAGCAGAAAGUUGCCGAUGAGACGAGCGUACCGCUGGACAAGAUCAAGCUGCUGUACAAGAAGAAGCCCGUGGUCGAUUCCAAGGUGCUCAAGGAGCUCUUGGGUGAGGACGAGAGUACAACUGUCGAAUUUGGCGUCAUGGUGUUGGGCGGUGCUGCGGCUGCCGUCAAGAAGGAUGCGCCCGCCAGCACAGAUGUUGCCCAAGGCACGAGCGGUACAGCGACAGUCGAGACAGCCGAGUUCUGGGACGACUUGAAGGGCUUCUUGUUGCAGAGAAUACGGGACGAGAAAGAGGCGUCGGAACUGUUUGAAACAUUCCAGACGGCAUACAAGAGUAAAAAAUAA